AUUUACACACUUCUAGAACCAUAUACUAAACUAGUCAAGCGGCAAUGCGGUAAAUUCCCCAAUUCUCAAACCCUAAUCUUAAACCCCUCAAUUUCCAAAACCCUAAACCCUCUCUUUUGAGAAAGUUUUGUUUCGAAUACCUUCUCCUUUAAUUAGGGUUCUUUUGUCUCCCUUCUAGUUAGACAAAUAUGGAUACUCUUCGUUCGAACACUGUAGUCUCGGAAGGUUUUCUCUGCUCUGUGGUGGAGGCUAUGGUGGUUGAGAUUGCCAUUGUCGCUGCCAAGUCUCUUGCUUGCUCUCUCUUGAUGAUGGGAAUUAUGCCAAAGGGAAUAGAUGUUUUGCCCAAAGAGGCUGAUACAUCUGGAGGGUUUCCAAUUUCUGAGGUGCAUGCAGUGAAGAAAUCUGGUCCCGAGAACAAAGACUCUAGUGAAACAGAGGAUGACGAAGAUGAAGAUGAUGAUGAUGCCGUGGAUGAUGGGGAAAAUGAUGGAGGUAAUGAUGAUGAUGCAUAUGGUGAUGAUGAUGACGAUGAUGGGGAUCCUGCAGAUGAGCUUGAGGCUAAUGGUGAUGGUGGAAGUGAAGAAGACGACGACGAUGACGAAGAGGAAGAAGACGAUGAUGAUGAGGAUGAGGAGGAAGAAGAGGAGGACGAGGAAGAGACACCCCAGCCACCUGCAAAGAAGAGGAAAUGAAAGUUUGAUUUUUGCAUCUAUUUUCCUCUCUCUCUCUCUCUCUCUCUCUCUCUCAGUGAUUUUGAAAUCUUUGGUUGGGUUGUAGUGGAGGUUCGGGUAGUAAAAACCCAGCAUGGAAGGUUCAGUUUGUCUGUCAACAUAGACUAGAAAAGUCUCUAGUACUUGAUUGACUUUAUUAUAUCUUCUCAUUCUAAUUUUUACGGCUCUA